AUUCUGUUAAUGCAAACUGGAGGUCAAAGAAUCUAACGAUUCUUUCGAAGGCAAAACGCCUAAUGACAGCAUGAGGAGGUCCCACUAAUACUGCGCAACGUUCGAUUAGUAAUGUAGUCAGCAUGACCCCUUACACAACAGGACCACGCCAUUUGUUUAGAGACGCCACACUACUAAAAGCCACUUCGAUGCCUUUUUGGUUUUUAUAUUCAUCACAGCAAUAUCUGAAUGCCGAAAUUUUUCAUUUUUCAUGUGCAACGGAUGAGACCCCACGAGCAUCAGUCCAGCAUUCAAGCACGACGGCACAGAAGCAGCCCCGGCUCCCUGCCGUUCCCUUCGUCUCUUCAUAAAACAUCUCGCGUACUUGUAAAUAUAUGCAACUACUUUAAAAUGAGAUAUAGUUGCCGAUGUCGAGAGUGUGGCUGGUUGCGGGUUGCCGGCUGUGUCGUGGGGUUCGUCACUUCCUUGCUUUUGCCAGUAGCAGCGUUGGUCGGACAGCAGCGUACAGGAGUAGACGGGCGUUUCCGAAUGAAUGUUCCCAUCAACUCAUGGACAACAGUGGAACGCGCGUGCCUUGUGGGUCUUCCCAACAAUCUAGUUGUUGAUGCCAUGCCCACAGUGGAUGCCAGGGGCGUCCAGAACAUGGUGGUAACAGGGCCAAGCUCACGACUAUGCCAGUGGCUGGCAGACCGUGUCCAAUCGCACAACGAUCAGAGGGGUGCCUGGCAAAAGGCACUUUUGAAGGAGAAGUCAAAAUACGGUUGGUGGCGUGUGUGGACGCGGUUGGCGCUCUGGCAGAAGGAAUUCCCUUCCCCACGGAUCAUCGCAACGGUGACGUACUUCGAUUUUACCGAUGGCGACGCGAACCCAUUGGCGACUCCUUGGUUUUCAGCAAUAUUCACGUAUGAACUUCCGCCUCCGGCCGACAGUUUUGGCGUAUUCGAUCAUCUUGAAGGGAGUUUCGCGUCGUUUCCUGGUGCUGCGCCCAAAGAAGUCACUCUGCUUCUGAAUCCGUCUUCCACUUUUAACAUGGUGUUGCCAGAAGACCGGCCAAAUGAACCACCGGACGUGAGUGAUGUUUUCAACUUUCUUGGGUACAGCAGCGAACAAAAAGAACAGACACGUGCGUACUUCCACAUCAAGUUUAACGAUAUUGGAAGCACUCCGGUUACGUUCAACUUGAAACUCGCAGACUUCUGGAGCUAUGGAGGAGACUGCAUAAUAAAAGGGAACUUCCUUGUUACUUGGAGCGAAUACCGCACGCCAUGCUCACUGGUUCACGAGGUCACCAACAGCAUGGUGACAGCGUAUCUCGCUGACAAGGUCGAGGCCGUCAAGUUUAUCGCACGAGGAAUCGAUUUUUUCAGUAAUAUUGUGCCGGGCAUCGAGGCCGUUGUUGACAAGCCUCACUUGAUAGGACCUGACGGGAAGCCGGUGUUGGAUUGGUCCAACAAAUGGGUGAAACUAGGAUUUUUAAGUGAUCCUCUCCUUAAGAAGAAGCUCUCUCGCGCAAAGAAUUUUCUAUCUCACAUCCGCGCGCAAAUGGCUGUAGGAUUGUCUGAGGGCAUUUUGAAUCCAGAAAAGGUCUUCUGACGUGCAUCGUAGAUGGCACGCAUGUGCAGUCUUUCCCAAAGGAGGAUGAUCUUCCUUUUCGGCUGAGGGCAAACUCCUGAGCUGUUUAAAAAACGUUAUAGUUAGAAGCUGUCUUUCUCCACUGUAGAGAGGCACUCCGCAACUGUCGAGUUGUGUUUACCGUCGAAUCAAUGCAUAUCAUUGGCCUGUCCCACCAAAGUCUCGUGUGUAACAAACUGUGAUUCACGGCGAGCGAGGUUGCGCGGGAACGACUUCAUGGAUUCUGCAGAUCACUCAAGACGCGUUCUUCCACAUCGUAUGGGUGGAGUUGUCGGUUUGGCGCUGCCUUGGAUUGUCCCUGGUUAACUGUGCUGAGUGAUCUGCACAAAUAUUCGUCAUUUUAUGCAGUCGCACACCGCAUCGUUUAAGCCAUUACAUCCUCUUUCUUUGUGUCGACGCCAUGAGUGCGUUCGAGCAGUCUUAGCAAAUACGAGGCAUCGCCGCAGUCCGGAAAAAACUCUUUCUCGGUGCAGUUUGCUAAAGGGGUUGUGUCAUUGACAAGAAUAAGGGAAUGUAGUGUCAUUUUGCGUUUUCUCUGUAGGCCCACAGUAAGUGGAAGCAUGCGUAGGAUCGUUUUGACCACUCUCGUUUCGUAACGGAAUCGUCUCUCGGCUUUCAGAGGCUCUGACCUUGUUGUGGUGCCGGAUUGUUCCAAUCACGAAGCAAAAAAGACAUAGAAACGGUGUUAGCGAUCGAGGAAGAAGAUCGGGGAGAAGUGUAAGAAUCCAGCGAAACCGAAACGGCAUUCGCUGUUUCAUAAGAACACACAGAGUCGAGUGAAAGGUGGACUUAGAAGGAAGUGGUGUGCCUACGUCGUACUC